AUGCAAUCAACACGGGAGUUCACACCGCAGCGUGAGAUUCGUCAUUCUGCAUUCCGCUUGUAUACGCCUGGCUUGAUCUACGAAGAUCUCUUUCUCGACUCAGCCGCUGGCGCUAUGCUACUCCUGCCCUUUAUCAAUUCUUUGGCCAUUUCAAUCUUGGCACUCCUCUGGUUCGCUGGUUUUUUGUCCUUUGGCGGCAACCUUCUGUCCGAUUAUGUUAUGAUCUUCAACCUCGAAUUCUUCUCUUCACCCAGCCCUAGGAAUAAGCGGCCGAAAGGCAUGCUUGGCAGGAUCAAGAUUUCGGAAUAUGGUGUGCUCGCUCUGCUAUAA